AUGAUUCAUGCUGGUGCUCAACGCACCAGGAAGGAUCUUUUAGUUCUGAUCGCGACAUCGGGAGCUCUCUGUGCUGUCUUGUGCAUAGUCUCGUUGAACAGAAGCCAGGAAUCAGUCUUGGUUUCCAACAGGCACAACGAUGCUGUCGAGAGCAUGAAGCAAUCUGCUCGUCAGCUGGAGAAAGAGGGGUUCGUCGACCAGGGGAAGGCGCUGAUGAAAGAAGCCUCGCAGCUUGAAGACAAGGAGAAGUCGAAGCAGCCAUCGCAGAGAACCCCAUACGCACAGCAGCGCCGCCUUGCUGCCGGCGAGUUCAGACCAGCUGGAGGAAUGCUGGGGUUCGCACCACGCAGAGCUUUCUCCUCGCAUACUCCAACUUGGAUGCCCAUGAAUUCUAACCCGCCGUUGGCACAGCCAAGGCGGAUGAUGCGCCCUUCGUACAUGCGUCCUUCGUACAUGCGGCCGGCCAUGACUUGGAGUUCUCUGCAAGAGGGGCCAGUCGAGGAGGUGAUUGACGAACCUCUGCCCCGGGAAGUCGUUGCUACCGGAUUCCCGGCGACGUAUGAUGGCGCAUGGGGCUCAUCGUUCAAGAAGAAUGCUGGGGGGAAUGAGGAGGCGAUGAGAAGGGCUGGAGUCAACUAUGAUGACUAUCCGUUGGAUGUGUACCGCAGUGUUCCUUACAUCCCCUUCGACCCAACAGUUGGCACAGAGAAGGAGUUCAAGGCCAAGAUUCGUGCCUCCAAGCAAGUUGUGAAUCCCUACACACUGAAGCAUGGUAGGAACAAAGGCGGUGACGUCAUGCCUGCCGGUUGGGGAGUGUGGAACGAGGGAACUGCUGGAGAAGACAAGUUGAGGGCGAAAGGCGUUCCCGUAGAUCGCUGGCCGAUUGAUUUCUACUCCGGCUUCCCCAAUCCAGCGUGGGAUGAUACUGAAUUCGAUAAGGCCAGGAGAAUCCCGAAGGCCCCAGUGGAAGACGCGAAAGCAGCUGUGGAGCGCCAUCGUGAAUCUCAGAAGAAGAUAGAAAGCGCUGGGGUGAAAUCCAACGGGAUUCCAUGGGAGUCACAGGACAAGCCAAGGAAGUACAACUCAGUUGAUGGCAUGAUGGAUACACUCGUUCCCUACGAGCAAAUCCCUCAGUUCCGGAAAGGAGGCGUUGCUCCUCAGGAGCAUCCUGCCCACUUCUUGCUGGACGAAAAUCCGAACGGAGCAGCUGACACGCAGGCAAGUGCAAUCAACAAACUGUUUCAAUCUGGCGAUUUGGAUGCAAGGAGACAGCUUUCCACCAACAAUCACUCGAUGAAAAAUUCACAACCCGAUGUCUUCCUUGUGGAUACCGAAGCCACUGGGUGA